UAAUUUUUCUAUUCUUUACAAUUUACCAAGUGCACUCCCUGUAACUAUGUUUUAUAUACCAAUGUUGGUAAUGGAUAUGUAACUAUUGGUUACUAUACGUUCAAACUGUACAAUGCGGUUUUGGUCCUUAGAAGAGCAGAAUGAAAAAGAGGUUAUCUUGUUUAUUACAAGUUUAUUAAUUUAUAAAGAAAUUUAUUGUUAAAUACAUUACAAAAAUGGACGCUUAUGAACUUUUUCGAAAGCUCUCUACCGGUGUCAAGUUUGACAAGAAACGUUUUCAAAGUGAUGCAGAAAGGUUUCAGUUGGUCAAAAAACAAUCUGAAAAUGUUGUUAAAACUGAAAACAACAGUACCGAAGCAUUGAAUAAUAUGAACUAUCCAAUGAUGCCAAUGAAAAGAAAGCAUGAUGAUAUUGAAGAAGAUACAAAAGAUGCUGGUGAAUUAAUAUUAGUUGAUGGAAUGUCUGUUCCUAAAAAUGGAAAUAAAGUUAAAUCUAAGAAAAGUAAAGCACCUAUAACAGAAGAGAAACAGUUGAAAUUAGAACAGGAAAAGAUUAAUCAAUUUCGCAAUCAACAUCGCAUAAACGUUACAGGUAGUAGAGUACCUGAACCUAUUUCAGAAUUUAGUGAAUUAUCAAAGAAUUAUGGUGUAUCUGAGCAAUUAUUAAAUAAUGUUAUAACUUGUGGAUAUGUACAACCAACACCAAUUCAGAUGCAAGCCAUACCUGUUAUGCUGCAGAGUAGGCAAGUAUUAGCUUGUGCACCAACAGGAUCUGGAAAAACAGCUGCAUUUUUGUUACCCAUAAUUCAUCACUUAGGUGGGCCACAGAAAAAGGGAUUUAGAGCUGUUAUACUAUGUCCAACAAGAGAAUUAGCAAAACAAACAUAUAGAGAAUGUUUGCGUCUUAGUGAAGGUUAUGAUUUUAGAGUUCAUAUUAUAAGUAAAAUAAAUCAAGCAUUAACAGCUUAUGGUCCCAAAAGUUCACAAAAAUUUGAUAUAUUAAUAACUACACCAAGGAGAAUAAUAUUUCUAUUAAGUCAAGACCCACCAGCUAUUUCUUUCAAGAAUGUUGAAUGGCUAAUUGUGGAUGAAGCAGACAAACUUUUUGAAGAUGGAACACGAUGCUUUAGAGAUCAGAUGGAAACAAUUUCAAAAGCAUGCACAAAUGAAAACUUACGUAGGGCAAUGUUUAGUGCCACCAAUACUCCUGUAGUAACAAAAUGGUGUCGACAUAACUUGAAAGGUCUUGUUACAAUUACAGUUGGUCACAGAAAUGCUGCAACUGAUUCAGUAGAACAAGAACUUUUAUUUGUUGGAGAAGAAGGGGGAAAACUUGUAGCACUUAGAAAUAUUAUUCAGAAGGGAGUAUUACCGCCUGUAUUGGUGUUUGUACAGAGUAAAGAAAGAGCUCAAGAAUUAUUUAAUGAAUUGAUAUAUGAUGGAAUUAAUGUUGAUGUUAUUCAUGCUGACAGAACACAGACACAGCGAGACAAUGUUGUUCGUUGUUUUAGAGAAGGAAAGAUAUGGGUAUUGAUCUGUACAGAAUUAAUGGCUAGAGGUAUUGAUUUUAAAGGUGUAAAUCUUGUUAUAAAUUACGAUUUUCCACCGUCAGUUAUUUCUUACGUUCACAGAAUUGGUCGUACCGGUAGAGCGGGACAUAAAGGAAAAGCAAUCACGUUUUUCACUAAACAAGAUACUGUAAAUUUGAGAAGUAUAGCUGUUGUUAUGCGACAAUCUGGUUGUGAUGUUCCUGAUUAUAUGUUGGCUAUGAAAAAACAUAAUAAAAAAGAAAAACGACAACUUGAACGUAGAGCCCCUACUAGAGAAAAAAUAUCUACCAUACCAAAAUUUAAACGAACGCAUAACAAAGAAAAAACAGGAAAAGUUGAUACAAAAUCUCGUAAACCAAAGCAAAAUGAAUUAAAAAAUAAAAAGAAAAAAAUUAAGAAAAGUAAUGGAGAGAAAGUAGAGGAUAAAGAGAACUGAAAAAGCAUGGGAAAUUAGAAACAAUGGAAUUGUAAUAUAUAACGAAACAUUAAAUAUAUAGCAUAUUUUAUAAUCAUACAAGUGACAAAAUAGUGAUUGUUCUUAAAAAAUAGAACAUUUUUAUUUAGUAUAUA